AUGGACAUCCCCAUCAGCACCAGAGACUUCCGCUGCCUGCAGCUGGCCUGUGUGGCCCUCGGCCUGGUGGCCGGCAGCAUCAUCAUUGGUGUCUCCGUGUCCAAGGCUGCUGCUGCUGUGGGUGGUAUCUUUCUUGGUGCCGCUGGACUUGGGCUCCUCAUCUUCGCCUACCCCUUCCUGAAGGCUCGGUUCAACCUGGACCACAUCCUACCUGCACUAGUAAAUGGGAAUUUGGGGUGGUCUCAUCCUGCAGGAAACCUAAGAAUCCAUCCAAACUCAGCACCAGACCAUGGGGAGGGAAGGUCUCACAACAGCAGCAAUAAGGAAGGAGCCCGUAGCAGCCUGUCCACUGUGACCAGAACCCUGGAGAAGCUGAAGCCUGGAGGCCGGGGAACUGAGGAGAGCUAAGGCACUGCCUCCUGUCCCUCCCUCCCCUCUCCUGAUACUCAUAUCCCAGGGCCCUCCUUCAAGACAGAAGAUCCAGAGAUGGUCCCUGGGGAUACUGGACCUACCUUCUCUUCCAAUGAGGUUCUUCAUAGCAGAUCCCCUCACUCCUGGCAUUGUUGCAAGACCCACAGGGCCCCAAUGGCCUCAGUCUCUCCCCUGGGCUCAUCCCCUGGACAACAUCUCAACUUUAUUCCCUUGUUGAUCUCUUCCUGGGAUUUGGUCCAGGGUCCUGACUGCAGCCAGACAUGGUUGUUUCAUCCUGGCCAUAGUAUCUGACCACAGAUGAGGCCCCCAGCUGCGACUGUCAUGUCUAUGUCAGGAGCACAAGCGACCAUGAGCGAGGUGAGGUGGCUUUCCAGAUAAGCUCAGUGCUGACACCAUCCUAUCGUACUUCUCCACCCAGGACUCUCCAGCACCUGGCUCCAGACAGGCCCCCAGAAGUUCCUGUUCUCCCCACUUCUCUUUGCAAGGAGAAGACUCCAUGCUCCCUCUAAAGACCAGCUCAGAAUCCCAUAGUUACACCCCCUUGUCCUAUCCCUGUCUUAGAACGUCCAGGA